CUCAGCCCGGCCAUGGCGCGGCCUGGGGCCGCUUAUGAGGCGGCGGUGCCUCCUCGCCCCGCCUGCACCUACACCAGCUGCUACUGCGAAGAAAAUGUUUGGAAGCUUUGUGACUACAUCAGGAGUCAGGAUCGGUACCCUUUAGAAGAAUUUUAUGCUGUUUUCAUAUCCAAUGAUAGAAGGAUGAUUCCACUCUGGAAGCAGAAAUCUGGACAUGGAGAUGAGCCUGUUGUCUGGGACUACCAUGUUAUUCUACUUCAUGUUGCCGGUGGGGAGCAGAACUUCAUUUAUGAUCUUGACACAGUGUUGCCAUUUCCAUGUCCUUUUGAUGUGUACAGUGUGGAGGCUUUUAGGUUGGAUGACAGCAUUCGUCCAGAGUUCCACAGAAAAAUCAGAAUGAUUCGAGCAGAUUUGUACUUGAAGACGUUUGCUUCAGACAGGUCUCACAUGAAGGAUGCGGAUGGGAAAUGGCAGAAACCUCCACCUCCAUACCCUUGCAUUGAAACUGCAGACAGAGCCCAUGAGGAAAGACCAGCACAGCAGGGCUGUUAUUACACAAAUGAAACGGGAGAGGUCUCACAAGGGUUUUCGUACGGGUGUCUCCGGUGCUGCUCCGGUGCCAUCUACUGACAGGUUCCUAAGCCAUCACUCUUCAUAGGAAUGGACUUGUUUGCUUUGGUAAUUUUUUUUUUCUUUUCAUUGCAUUUUGCUUGUGGGCUGUGUUAUGCUGUGCCACAAUCCUUCUGAAGUUAGAGAAUAUUUCAUUUCCUACAGGCAUUGUGGUAGCAACUUCUAAGUUGUGAACAGCAGCAGUGUUUGUAACUACUGGAACAAUCUCCUUUGAACUGCUUUACCAUUCACAGAGCAGUUUUAUGAAUUCUUUUACUAUGCUCAGUGCACAUAAAGCAGAGAAUUGUUUAUUUAUUUAAUCUUAAAGUAUACGAAGAAUUAAUUUUGAAAAUGCAUCUGGGAGGAAAAGGCAAGUUUGGAACUGGAAAACAGACUUAACAGUCUGCCAGCAAGAAUGAGCUGUUGUCCACUACUAAUUUGUUCUUGACCUGUGACAGCAAAUUGCUGAGCUUGUGCUAUUUUAAAUUCCCACAUAGGCAGAAAUUGUUCCAGUUCUGCCAGACUCACUUCAGCAGUAGGACGAUGCUUGGCUGGACAUAAGGUUUUUCCAUAUGCAGAGUUCAAACAGGUUUACAGGAAAAGAUUAGGGGCCAGACCUCAGAAGGGUAUGAGAGCUGUGAUUUGGGAAGUCACAAAGCUGUGCUAUAGUGUAGAUGUGGUGCAAACAGAAGCCUUCAGGGGCUGGAUUAUGCCUGGGACUCCUGGGUCUGGGAUUCCUGAAUUUCAUCUUCCUUUCCUUGCUUAUACUGUCCAUAAUGGUAAGCCUAGUUACACAAGCAUUUUGCAGCUGAAGCAAAUUCUAUCCUUUGGGUUUUAUAAUCUAUUCAUCAGAGCCUCCUCUUGUUUGAUUCUUAAUCCUUAAAUGCACAUAUGAAUCAUCCAUGGUAAAUACUUAAUGCAGUGGAAGAACUGUUAACAGUAUAUCUGUACAGUAAACCUGUAGCAGUGGCUUUACCAGUCUGUUCCUUAAACUCAUUCUCUGCCAGUUUUCUUUAAAUGGGUAUUUAAAAAGAUUAUUUGUGCACAUCACCAGUGAGAACCUAAAACAAGUCCACAGAUGUUCAUCAUUAGAACUGAACCUCUGAUCAGCAUGGUUCUGAGUCAGCAAAGCUUGUACCAGGCCAGCUGUGGAAAAAGGAUAUAUAAGGCACCUAAAUUCAAAACUGCACACCAGUGCUUUUCCAGUGAUCUCUCUGGGAUCCAUGAAUGGGACAGAAUGGUUUCUACCCCUCCUGUAGGGAACAGAGCAGAUUAAAAUCCUAGCAAAGAGCAGUCAUGGUUACUUUUCUCUUGAAACCAUGGCAGUUUAACUUUUCCCCCUGACUUCAUUCUGUCAUUCAGGAUUCAUAAAAAAUAAGUAUUUUCCUCCAGUCUAGGUUUGUGCUCUUCACCUCAGCAUCCCUCUGGGCUGGGGGCUGGGUUAGGUCACACAUCUCCCCUCUGCAUAUUCUGGCCCUGCUGUGGGCCCGUGUUCGGUGAGGACAAAGUUCAGGACUGGAGGGAAAACAGGUACUGUAAUCUGGAGAGUAACAAUCUUCAGGUUUGCCAAGGGGCUAAUCACUUCUGAGAGACAAUAAGCAACUUCCAGUUCUUACUACUGCUAUGAGCUCGUUCUUCUGUGGUCAGUGCAAAAGUUGACUGUGUUGACUUUGGUUCAGAACUUAAAUGGGUGAAUAAUAUUUCCCCUGCUUUUGAGUCAUCACAUUUGCAGGAGGACUGCAUUGCACUUCCCUGUGUUGGCUGUUACUUGCACUCCAGUUCUCUGACCACUGCUUGACCCUUCUAGGCUGUUGCUGAAGGGAAAAAUCUUACCCACUCAUGCUAGUUUCUAGUGACUUACUGAUGCUUACUGAUCCAGUAAUGUGAUUGUUGCCAUCGGCAGAGAGGGGAAUCAGGGCAAAAGCGA